AUGGUUGCCGCUUUCACUGUGGCGCAUAGUUGUGUCCCCCAGAGCUGGGUGCACGCCGUGAACUCGCUAACUGCGCUGCGCGCAGCUGCGGGCCGUCUUUGUGGCGCCACAGAGCAAUGCCCAAUAGGCCUUGAGGUGGAUGUGCGCGUGGCGCCGCACGAUGCAGAGAUGGUGCCUUUGCUGCACCACGACCCAAUCACUGCGGCGGAGGCGUCCACGUGCGUCACCCUCGCCGCCUGGCUAGAGGAGCUGGCAGGCAUUGUGAGGUCGCAUUCAGGGAGAUUGGGCGUUGUGAAACUGGACUUUAAGGAUCCCAGCGCCGCCGUCGCGGUGCAUUCGUUGCUUGCCAAGUCCUUCACGCUGUACAGCGAGUUGAGCGGGAAGUUUUCAUUUUGGUGGAACGCAGAUGUCCUUGCGGCGGGGCAUCUUGGCACGGUAGGGCUGCCUGUGAAUCACCCGUCAUUUACCGCGCUCCCUGAGGCAGAACUCUAUGCAUUGAUUCACGCCUUUGUGUCUCAGCUGGGCGUAGGUCUGUCGUUUGGGUGGAGGCUACCGGAUUCGUUCACGGCGUACUCGGUGACGGAGGUGCUUCGAAUGCGUAAAUUUGUGCGGCACCUCGCGGCGGACGCUGGCGAUGGUGACCUUUCUUUUCGGGAUGUGCGGGUGCGUCCGGCGUGUGUGACGUUUGCCGUGCGGUACUCUGCCGUCUUUGCGACCGGGGCCACUGCGAGGCAAGAGGCUCUCUGGCAAGCCCUUGACAACUUGUUGGGCGAAGCCCAACGCCUAUUCACCACGGCGAAUGACUCCCCGCCGUGUUUUUUGUCCUUCUGGCGGGACAGAGGGGAGCGGCUCACGGACGCGCAGGUUGGCCUCGCCAAGGCACGCUUUCCGGGCUGCACCAUUGACGCGAAUUGA